AUGGACAACACGUACAGUAGUUACCCUGUAGCCCAGCAUCAUUUAGAAAAUGGGCUAACGUUCAUUGGAACACUGAAGAAGAACAAGAAGGAAAUUCCUCCAGAAUUUUUGCCCAACAGAUCACGAGAAACUGGAAAUUUGCAUGAAACUGCUGAAAUCGACACCGCUACAGGCAAGUCUGUUGUAAAUUUGGACUACAGUGCAACAAAAGGUGGAGUUUAUACUGUGGAUUAUAUGUGUACAUCCUACUCUACACAAAGGACCACAAGAAGAUGGCCCUUAGAACUGUUUUUUCGUUAUCUGGAUAUUGCUGGUAUAAAUUCCCAGGUCUUGUUUUUUGCAAAAAAAUCCAGAGAAAAGAUUCAGAAGAAGAACCUACCUAACAAACCUGGUCUUGGCCCUGAUGGACUGCCAUUUUAA